AUGUCACAAAAUAAUUUAACAUUAUGUCGAGCUAAUUAUUUUGAAACAUGUUGGUGUCAUGUUAAUUCAUCUGAAUUAGUAAAAUGUUCUUAUCUAUUACGUCAUGCUACAUCAUUUUCUAAUUCAUCAUAUUUUUGUGUUUAUCAUACAAUUCGAAAAGCCAUUGAAUGUUUUAAUUCAUCUUAUGUAUUUCCGAAUUCUCCUGUUUCAAAUUUUUAUAUUUAUAUGACAUUAUUACUUUGUAUUAUUGGUUUUAUUGGUAAUGGAAUAUCAAUAAUUAUUUUACUUUGUUCCAAACUUAACCGUUUCAAUGUUUAUAAAAAUUUAACUAUUUUUUGUUUUUUAAAUAUAUUAUAUUUAAUAUCAAUAUUAAUUCGUCAUAUAAAUAUUUAUCAACAAGAUUUAAGAGAUACUUCAACAGAAUUAUGUCGUUUACAUAGAUUUACUGUAACUUUUAUUGGUCAUCUUUGUUCAUGGCAACUUGUUUCAACAAGUAUUCAACGUGUUCAUGCAUUACUUAGUUUAAAAACACAUCCAACAACAUCAUGGAUACAAACUUGGAGUAUUUUUUUAAUAUGUAUUGUAAUACCUCUAUUCAUUUUCGAUGCUCAAAUUCUUUUUAAUUAUGGUCUGUUUGAAAAAACUCAUAUUUGUAAUCAAAUAUUAAAUAAUAAUACAAAACAAUUUCAACAUGCAUUAAAAUAUCCAAUUAAUAUUACUAAACUUUCAAAUAAUAUUUCUCUAAAAUAUCAUACAUCUUGGAUUCAAACUCGACCUAUACAAGUUGACAAGAAAAAUAUUUGUACUCUUUGGAAUAUCGUAGAUACAUUUCUCUAUGCAAUUCUACCAUUUAUAAUGACACUCGUAUGUAGUCUUCUUAUUAUAAUUAAAGUAUUUCAAAGACGUCGUUCAACACGAAGCUUUGGUGGAAUACAUCAUAUACAAAAAGGUUCUAAUUCAUGGCCAGAUCAUUUAUCAGUUAUAUUAAUAACAAUAAAUAUUUUAUUUUUAAUCAUGACUGGACCAUCAAAUAUUUGUCUUAUAAUUCAAUCAAUAUAUAAAUGUACUUCGACGAAUUCAUCAUCAUUAAUAAAAAUUUCUCUUAUUUUAAAUGAAUAUUUACGUUUAUUACAAAAUUCUUAUCAUGCAUUAUCAUUUAUAUUUUAUUGUUUUAUUGGAAACAAAUUUCGCAAUUCAGCUAAAUCUAUAUGUCGAACAAUAUAUUGUAAAGCAAUUGAUUUUGGUAUUCCUGAUGCAUGUUCACAAAAACCGUUGAUUUCAUGUUGUAUCGAUCGAAGAUAUUCAUCAAGCACUGGACAAACAACAUCAUCAAAUAGUAGGCCAACUGGUAGCAGACGAUUAACAAUAGAACAAGGAACAAAUAAUUCAUUACCAUUGAAUGUAAUUACACGACCUACUUACGUUACUUUUAAUGUUAGGGAAAAACGAAUACGAUAUUUUACUACAUCUAUUUAA